AGCGCGAUCGGUUACCAUGGCGACCCCAGGCCAGAACGGCCCCAGCCCAUUGGCCGAGAUGUCGGAGCCAAUGAGAAGGCGCGAUGUUGCCAGGUCUUAAGAUGGCUGCCGGUCGGCACUGUCCGGACCGAAUCUGUGGCGCUUAGUUCUGUGCCGGGAGGGGAUUCUUCCCAUCUGGGAGUCGGAGUGUGGCCCCGCCGCAGGGGAGCCUGCAGAGUUCCGGGUGGUUCAGCCGUGCCGCGAAAGGUGUACUUUUCUAGAGCCUCCGCUCUUGCAGUCUUCCACCCUAAAAGAUGUGGAGUGGGCUGCUCCCUCCUGGCCUAAAUGAAAGUGAUGUUGAAUUGAGUUCUGACGAUGAUACCACAUUAGAGAGCUCUGAACGUAACUCACAAGAGGGCAGAGAAGAUGGGACCUGUAAAAAGACAGAGGCCGCAGACGUUCCUCCAGACGGACCAGACGCUGAAGCAGAGGCAAAUGUAAAUGCGUAUGAAGAGUGUCCGUCUGGGAUUCCCUUAAAUAUGUGAAAUAAAUUUCAAGAAUUGCAUAAAAAGCAUUCUGAACAGAAAACUUCAGCUUCUAGACCCGAAAAGAAAAAAAGAAAACGCUCCAGAAAAGGAAAAUUGAAGAAUGAAGAAGAAUCUCAUAGUGAACAGUCUUCAAGUGAAACCCAGUGGAAGGAGCUUACCCAGUAUUUUGGAGUCAAUGAGAGGUUUGACCCACCUGUUAAAAGGAAAAAAGUUGAAAAGUCGGGACUUGAGAAGAGGAUAGACCAAGCUGUGGAAGAGUGGAACAUUGAGAAGGCCGAGGAACUCAGCAACCAGCUAGCUACUCGAGAGCUUGGUGUAAAAAUUGCCAGAGCUAUUGCCUGCCACAACUUUGUGACAGCCAAGAAGGAGGCUGAAAAUUCACAGGUUGCACGAAAGAAGAAGAAACUUGCCUGGGGAUUUGAAGCAAAGAAGAGGUGGGAAACCAAAAGCAACAUGGGAUAUAUGUGACUUGCCAGAGUUCUUCAAGACCUUUGAGGCUUCACUCGAGUCUUCAGUUGCUCAAUUUACUAAAAAAGAUUUUCCUGCUUAUGUUAACUAUGCCAGAAAAUUGAUGGAAAUAGAAAAAAUAAGCAUAAAAUUUGGGAGUUGAUUAUCAAAUCGUUUUUCAUUCUUUUACUGAAGAGUCCUUCCCAUUGAAGUGAGUGAAGUGGACCAUCCCGUUAUUUGUGCAAGUAAUCUAAGCAUACAUACAGGGAGGGGGAAAGAUAGGACUUGAUUUGUUUGUUUAUAUAGACCUCCAGUGUAAACUCGGCUUCACUUUUCGUCCAUUUGCUGGAGCAGAGCCAGUGAGCUCCUUGUACUUUCUUAUCUGCAGUCAGUGUGACUGCGCUGACUGUGGAGUUGUGUUUUUAAGAUGGGUAUUUGUUUAUAAUGGAUUAGUCAUAAGUGCAAGAAAGAUCCUGUGUUUACAGAUGACUUUAUCUUAAUGUUAUAAAAGUAAUUAUCUGUUCUUUAUUGGAGGCAGUAGAGUUGAUAUUUCAUAGUCACAUAAUAAAGGCAAUUGAUUAAUCUUUUGUACCUUCAGAUUAAAGAACACCAUUUUAAAAAAGGACAGAAUCUUACAGUAUUUGGAGAAUGAUUUAAAUUCAGGUUCUCUGCCUGGAAAUGUCUUCCUAAAUAUCUCUCUCAGCCAUGUCGUUCUUUAAAUUAUGAGAUGGUUCUUAGAGAAAUUGAUAUAGUCGUACUAGACAGUUAUAACUCAAGACAUUGUAACUUUGAACCUUCUAAGAACAAACAUGAUUUGAUUGUUUUCAUUCCUCUUCCCCAUUACUCUGGGAAAGACUGAGUGAUUGCAUAAGGAUAAAGAAGACUGGUGCCCUGCUAAGUGUUUUACUGGUGUGUUUCAGAGUCCUAACUAGAAAGGGCUUUGAGAAAUUAUCUCAAGCUGGUGGACACGCCCACAACUGGAUGAUGUGAUUUUCUUUUUUUUGGCAGGCCUGGGUUAUUUUGGCAUCUCCCGCUUGGUGCUCAGGAGAGGUCAAGAACUGCCUGUUGUGGUUUUUUCCGUCAGUUCUUUUCCCUUCCUGCGCCUUCAUCAGAGGUUCUCUAGCCAUCUGAUACAAACUUUCUCUAGGUUAGAAAUAUAAAUUCAGGAACAUAAGAAAUGAAUCAUGGUGAUAGUAUUUUGUUAAUUUUAGACUUACAAAUAGUAAUCAAAUUUUACUAAUUUAUGGUGACAUAUUUAAUGUUUUUUCUGUUCUGGAAUAAGUGAGCAACUUGUUGCCAUUUAAGAGAACAAAAAUCAUAUCUUGCUUCCACUUAAGUGAUGAAAGCCAGUAUAGUAGAGAAAGCGAGAUUUUAGAAAAUUGUGUCCCUACUUAUGGACUUAAUCAUUAAAAGAUACUCAGAUCAAACAUUGGAAAAUCUUAUAUUUUAAGAUUUAAUAUUCCCUGUUGAAUUUUAUAAAUAUAAUCAUACAGCCUUUACCUGUAACAUCUUACUUUAACCUCUUAGUAGGUGAAUGCAAACUUAGAAUAUAGGAGAUUUUCCUCUAAAAAAAAAUUCAUCAUGGGGGAAAUAUCCACUGCACAAUCCAUUGGUUUUGUCUGAAAUAUGAAAAAUGUUCUCUCUGAGCAGGCAGGUAGUGUAACAGUCUCACAUACGGGGCUCCAAGACAGUCAGUCAUCUCCCUGCAUUGUCUGCUCACCUUUUCCCGCUUAUCUACUUCCUUAGCACAUUUCAUGACCCCUGUGGGCACAUUUCCCCUCUCUUCUCAUGCUGAGGCCUGGCCAUAGUGGUCACCUUUAGGGUCUGGUUUGGGAGCCCCCGACCCAACAUCCAGCUGUCCAAACCCUUCCACCUGCCCUGGGGCCAGCAGUCACUCAUUCCUUCCACUCAGGAGUCCCACAUGGAUGAGGACGUUUUCCCUGAGUGGACGGCAUGGUGGAAUCAGGUCUCGGGAUUCGUUGGAUAAGAGAGCCGUGUUGCAGAAGUCCCUUUCUCCUCGAGGCCUGGCCUGUGAAAGAAUCUGAGAUUGUCCAGCAGAAGAAGGAGUGGGAGGGGAAGAGGAUUUGAGGAAGAGGAAGGCACUGGUUUUCUUCGGUUAGCCCUUCUGGCAUAUCAUUUGGGACUGCUUUAUUUUUAAUCUGCUUUAAUUUGAAUUUUCCUCAUUAAAGCAUUAAAAUGGGGACAUUAUUCUUAGAAAACCCAGGUUGCCCCCAAAAGUAUAGUCAUUUGUCCUCUCCAUCUGGUGACAGUGAAAUAAGGGAUUCUCUUUGGAUCAGUAAUAAUUUCAGUUCCUGAAGCUUUAACAUGUGCAUUUACUACCAUCAGAAUGCCUGAAUUAGAUUAGUAAUGUAAAUGUCAGUUACUGUUACCUGAGAUUAAUAUGUUUCAGGCCAUGGGUAUGCCAUUAAUGUAACUAUGAUUUACUGUUUGAGUACUUCAGGCUAAAACACCUUACUAAAGAAUAGUAAUUUUGAGCUUUGCAGCCCUGGUUCUGAGAAAUAAAGUUGACAGUGCAUUCCUCUUUGGAAGCCCUCAGGAUGUUUCUGAUUUUCCACAGAACAUUCUCAUUUCUUUCACCAAAAGGAGAGUUUGAAUAUAUAAUCUCAGGUUUGCUAUAAUUAGUUCUGAUGACAGACCUAAAUACCUUGGCCCAAACUGUAAAUCAGUAGUUAAACAGGUUUCUGCAACUGAUCAUAAAUCUCAAACUCCAUAUUUUAAAUGCGCUUAUUUUUUUUAGAGAGACAGCUACGGAAGGAACAGGCCAAGGACAGGAAUAAAAUGUUACCUGAGCUUUGGCUAACAGCUUAAAACUUCAUCUUUAAAACAUACCGAGUUCCCUGAUGCCUUUUGUCUAAAAUGUUAUCUUGUAAAUAUUGUAAUAACUUAGCUUAUUCUUCACUCUAAGACAAGUUUGAAGUUAAUUCUUUUUUAUAUAAUUUUAUUUUUUUAUUUAUUUGGCAAGCAGGAGCUACUCUGGUUGCUGUCCACGGGCUUCUCAUUGCAGUGACUUCUCUUGUUGCGGAGCAGGGGCUCUGAAGCACAGGCUCAGUAGUGUGGCCCACGGGCUUAGGUGCUCCGAGGCAUGUGGGAUCUUCUAGCCCAGGAUCGAACCUGCGUCUGUUUCAUUGGCAGACGAAUGGAUUCUUUACCAGUGAGCCACCAGGGGAGCCCCUGAACUUAAUUCUUCAAAGAUGAUUAUUAGUUUUCAGAUGUUCAAGUUUUCAUUUGUUGGGUAAAUAUAUCACAUUUUUAGAAAGGUAUGUCCUGCUAAACUGUAAAAAACUAUCAGGUUGAUCCUUAAAAAAAUUGUUCACAGUUGGCAUCUUACCUCAGAGGUAAGGUUUGAGGAAACAAGAUAAUAACCUUAACAUCAGGCCCCAUUUAGGAAAAUUAGUGAAACCUGGUUAACUUCAGAACCAACUGAAAUAAUUCAAGUUUUUCCCUGUUGGCAGAAGUUGCUUUAUUUUUAGUAUCUGGCAGAGCAGCAAAUGCUCUGCAUGUCAAUUUAAUGUUUUUUGAAGCCAACUGUUUAUUCAUUGGCUUAAAAUUUACACUCUACUAAAGUCUUUGCCUUGACUUCCAUGAAACAAAUAGUAAUAUUUGGACAAUAUUGUCCAAUGUGCACGAAAAUCUUUUUCCAAGACCAAAUGUAGAUUGGUAUUUGUGGCAUCAAUGCCUUCUAUCAUGGUAAUAGAUCA